UUCCGACCUUUCACCUCGACAGAAGCUAGUGUAUGUUGGUAGGCCAGUGAAGCUUUGAUCCCACGACCCAUGAGCUACGACUUCAAGAUGCCCUGCACAAUUGUCCGUAACUCGACCGGCGGGGGAAAGAAGGGGGCUCAGAGCACAGUCAGGGCUUCCAACACCUUCACUGGAGAUGUCUGGAUGGACAAGCUCGUCGGACCUGUGGACGGCAUCAUGUGCAACCAUGUUACCUUCCUCCCCGGCUCUAGGACAUACUGGCACCAUCACGAGAACGGGCAGAUACUCGAGGUGAAAGCGGGGAGUGGUUGGGUAUGCGAUAAGGGUGGGAAGCCAGAGCGCAUCAGCGUGGGCGACAUUGUGCAAUGCCCAGCUGGUACAAUUCAUUGGCACGGCGCCGACGAAGGCAGCAUGAUGAUGCAUCUUGCAAUCAGCCUCGGAAAGACAACUUGGAUGGAGGAGGUCAGCCAGGACGAGUAUAACGCAAAGACUGGGUAGUGGUAUGGACAACCUAGGGUAGUCACCUCAAUAAGAAUUUUCUUCUUAUUA